GGCGGCGGUUGCGGUUUGAAUUGCAGUGGCGCCGCUAGACUCGCAACAAGAGCUGCGCUGGAGGGGGCGGGACCUGAAGAGCCGGGCGGGUGGCGGCAGCCUGCGGAACCAGGGGCGUCGCAGCCACAGACAUCAGUGGCCCCGCGUUCGGGAUGGACUCGGUGAUGGAAGGGGACGUCGCCCUCCCCCGGACCCUCAGUGGCUGCAGUGGCCUUGUCUGUGCUCUGCCAGAUGAACUGGAUGGCAUCAGCACCAUUCCUGGCUUGGGGAAUGAAGUGCUUCCCAAUGUGUCAGAAGAAAAGAUCUCUCCCACCAGAGCCCGCAACAUGAAGGACUUUGAAAAUCAAAUUACUGAACUGAAGAAAGAAAAUUUUAACCUAAAGCUCCGCAUCUAUUUCCUUGAGGAGAGAAUGCAGCAGGAAUUUGAUGGCCCCACUGAACACAUCUAUAAAACUAACAUUGAGCUCAAGGUGGAAGUAGAAAGUCUGAAGCGGGAGCUCCAGGAGAGAGAGCGGCUGCUAGUCAAAGCCUCCAAAGCAGUAGAGAGCUUAGCUGAAGGGAGUGGCUCCGAAGUUCAGCGCGUGAAAGAAGAUGCCCGGAAGAAGGUGCAGCAAGUGGAAGAUCGCCUGACGAAAAGGAUCCAUCUUCUUGAAGGGGAUGUGAAAGCCACCCAAGCAGAACUGGAAAAGGCCUUUGUGGGGACAGAAGCGGAGAAGGCUCUCCGGCUGAGUUUGGAAAGCCAGCUUUCAGCCAUGAAGAAGAUGCAGCAGGGAGGCUUAGAGACGGCUCUGGUCUUGGAGGAGAAGGACAGACUGAUUGAGGAGUUGAAGCUGUCUUUGAAGAGCAAAGAAGCUUUAAUUCAGUGCCUUGAAGAGGAGAAAUCUCAGAUGGCAUCUCCUGAUGAGAACGUGUCAUCUGGAGAACUCCGAGGACAUUGUGUCGUUCUGAGGGAAGGAAGGGAGAGAGAUGGCAAGGUAGCACAACAGGAGCAUCAGGAGAGAAAUCACUUUGAGGAGAGGAUUCAGGCACUUCAGGAGGACCUGAGAGAGAAGGAAAGAGAAAUUGCUACAGAGAAGAAGAACAGCUUAAAGAGGGAUAAAGCCAUUCAAGGCCUCACCAUGGCAUUAAAAUCAAAGGAAAAAGAGGUUGAAGAGCUUAACAUUGAAAUCAAAGAGCUCAGUGCUACCUUUGCUAAAGCCAGAGAGACCCCUCAGAAAGCACAGGCCUCGAAACUCCAGGGGUCUGAGGACUAUGAGGCUGCUCUGGCAGAAAAGGAGGCUCUUUUGGCUGAUCUGCGCUCGGAAAACCUCACUAAAUGCACCGAGAACCGCAGGCUGCUCAGGAACAUUAAAAAGAUCAACCAGGAGUUGAGCGACCUGCAGCAGGAAAAGCUGAGGUUGGAGAAGGACCUAGAGGAAGCCCACCAAGAGGGGAGCAGAGGGGCUCGCACUAUCCAGGACCUUAAAAAUGAAGUUGAAAAAUUACGUAAUGAAGUGAAUGAAAGAGAGAAAGCAAUGGAGAAUCAUUACAAGAGUCUUUUGAAUGAAAGCAGUAAAAAAUUUCAUACUCAAGAGCAAGUGAUCACACGUCUAAUGGAAAGUGCCAAUCAAAAGGACUUGAUGCUACAGAAAUUCAAUGAAAAAGAUUUGGAAGCAAUACAGCAAAACUGUUACUUAAUGACUGCAGAGGAUCUCAAGUUUGGGAGCCAAGAUUUAAUAACAGAAAAGUGCUCUUCUCAACAGUCACCAGGCAGGAAACUCAUCUUUUCUGAGGAAAAGCAGCAAUCAGACUAUGAAGAGUUGGUCCAGGUCUUAAAGAAGGAGCAGGCCAUUUAUGCCCAUCUGGUGAAGUCUCUGCAGGACUCAGACAGUGUCAGUGGCCUGCAGGCUGAGUUAAAGGACGUUCUUGCCCUGCGGAAGCAGCUCGAGCAUGCAGUGCUCACAUAUCAGAAUCUGCAGAAGGCUUUGCAGGAGCAACUCAGUGAAAACCAGAGGCGCGAAGAAGAACCUUUUUCAUUUUAUAGUGACCAAACAUCUUACCUAAGUAUUUGCCUUGAAGAGCACAGUCAGUUUCAAGUGGAACAUUUUUCUCAAGAAGAACUCAAGAAAAAGGUCAACGAUCUCAUACAGCUUGUGAAGGAACUGUAUACCGAUAACCAGCACCUGAAGAAAACCAUUUUUGAUCUCUCCUGCAUGGGUUUCCAGGGAAACAGCAGACUUGAGUCAACAAAACAAAUUGAGCUUCUGGCUGGCAAGGAGGAUGAGGUCACAAUCAAAACUGAAGAGGAGGAUGAGAAUAAACAGCAAAGGGAUCCGCAUUUGGCGCAGUGUAAUGAGAUUAUGGAAGACUGUGCCAGAGGGGGCAGCAAAAAUGGAUAUUUAAGGCACACAGAUUCUAAUAUUUUAGACUAUGAUGGGGCCUGCAAGUCUGGCUGCCUUGGAGACCAGAGCCUAGAAGGUGAACUCCUGGGCCUGCUUGCCUCUUUCUUCCAUGAGAAGGCCACUUCAUCACUCGAGUACAGGCCAGACCUCCUGAAAGCACUGGGCAGGCUGCUUUUGGAGUGCAUACGGUUGGCUGAGCAGGAGCUUCUUGGAGAUCACCUUGAUGGGGAAACUCAGAAGACACUCAAGCAGCUGGCUGUUCAGCUGAGAGGUGAACUUGGCCAUUCUGUCCCAGCCGACUUUUUCUUCAAGCCACAUGAUGAACUGAAGUCAGCUGGAGAGGCCUGGCUAGUAAACACAUGCAACAAGGCUGAGCUGAAGGUGGAGCUAAAGGAUGCCUUAGUGCAGACCUUUGCCAUAGAGGACGAUCCCCAGAGAUUCAGAUCCGAAGGGCAGCAAGAGGCUGGGGAAGAGAAGCCAGCAGAUACCAUUUCCGGCACUGAACCCCAGUUAGAGGACUUGUGUGGGAUCCCAGGGCUGCAGGUCACUCCGUUCUCUUUCCCCAGCAUGACCAGCAAGGAUGCUAAGAAGUCUCGCUUACCAAUCCUCAUAAAAACAUCCCAGUCAUUACGAAAUACGUGUCAUCUUACUGCUUCCCAAGAGGUGGCUCAGCUCCAGGGCCGGAUUCUGGAGCUGCAGGCAGAACUGAAGGAGUUUAAAGUGCGUAACAAGCAACUUCACCAAAAGUUAAUUAUGGCAAAGGCGAUGAUGGAGGGGUUGCCAGUGCCUGAGCCUAUGAUGCUCAACGUGUCUGCAGCUCAGUCUCUUGUGGGAGCAGCCUUCCAGGAUAGCCCAGGCGAGCAAAAAGGACCCAUGACCUCUGCCCUGACAGACAAGGAAGUGGACAGUGACCAAUAUACAGGCUUUGAAAUUGAGUCUGAAAUUUGCUCUCCUGAUGAUCUGGCCAUAUUACCAAUGUGGAAAGAGAAUCCUGAAGAACUUCUGGAUCCAACUUCCCUGGCUACUUACUUAAAUUCUAAGAGUCAGCUCUCCAUUAAAGUCAGUAUGAUUGAGACUGACCAGUCUGAGAACAUUGACACCUCAGAUAGUGCAGAAUUCUUAAAGCAGAAAAUCCAUGACUUGCAAACCGAGCUGGAAGGCUACCGGAACUUCAUAUUUCAGCUGCAAAAGCACUGUCAGUGCAGUGAGGCCAUUAUCACAGUUUUGUGUGGGACUGAAGGGGCCCAAGAUGGCCUGAACAGGGGCACCACUGAUGAGGAAGAAGUGACGUUUUCAAGUUUACACCAAGUACGGUAUGUGAAACACAUGAAAAUCCUCUGCCCACUGGCUACAAAGCUGAUUGACUGCAGGAUGCUAGAGAGCCUCACACAGCAGCUGGUGGAGCAGGAGCAGGAGUUGCAGAAGGAGCAGGAUUUGAACUCAGAACUUUUCAGCGAAAUCCAUAACUUGCAGAAUAAGUUCAGAUACCUCACACCUUCAAGAUACGAUUCAUUGGUUCAGUCCCAAGCCAGGGAGCUCUCCCUGCAGCGGCAGCAGAUCAAGGCCAGCUAUGACAUCUGUGUCACUUACCAUCAACACAUGAGUGCCGUGAUUACGGCAUUCGACGAGUUGCUGCAGGCCAGUGAUGUGGACUGUUGUGUGGCGGAGGGUUUUCAGGAGCAGUUGAAUCAGUGUGCUGGGCUUCUAGAGCAACUGGAGAAGCUGUUUCUUGAUGGAAAAUCAGCAGGAGUGGAACUGAGUCCGCAGAAUGAACUAAUGGAGAGAUUAAGAAAAGAAGAAGAAAACUUAACCUACAAACAUAUCCGGGUUGAGUCUCCUGAACCUUCUGCCUCACAUGCAUUGUCUGAUGAUGAAAUGUCUGAGAAGUCCUCCUUCCUGUCACGAGACCAGAAGCAAGACAGUGAAACUGAGAAGACCUCGGUGGCAAGCCAUUUUCCUCAAGACUUACUAAUGGAACAUAUACAAGAAAUUCGAAGUUUGAGAAAGCGUUUGGAAGAAUCUAUUAAAACCAAUGAGAAGCUUCGGAAGCAGCUGGAACGGCAAGGGUCUGAGAUGGAUCAAGGUUCCACGAACAUUACUGCCUAUGGUUCAGAGCUGCACAGCUCUCUGACAUCAGAAAUACAGUUUUUGAGGAAGCAGAACCAGGCCCUCAGUACAAUGCUAGAGAAAGGGUCCAGAGAUAAACAGAAGGAGAAUGAAAAAUUACGAGAGACCCUGUCCAGACAGGCUGCGAAUCUUGAACACCUUCAGCAAGAGUAUGAUGGUGUGAGGGAAGAAAAUGAAAGGCUGCAGAGAGAGGUCAGUGAGAAGGAGAGGCACAACCAGCAGCUGAGCCAGGAGGUCUGCCACAGCCGCCAGGAGCUGAGCAGGGUGCAAGAGGAGCUGAAGUCCAGACAGCUGCUGCUGUCACAGAAUGACAAGUUGCUGCAGUCCCUCAGAGUGGAGCUAAAGGCAUAUGAGAAGCUGGAUGGGCAGCACAGGAGGCAAUGGACAGAGGCCCAAGGCCAGGCAUCCGGGGAAGGCUGGAAGGGACAGGAUUCUUUCAGUGACCUGCAUGGCCUCCUGUCAGAGAUUCAGGCUCUCCGGACCCAGCUGGAAAGGAGCAUUGAGACCAACAGCACACUGAGGAGCAAGCUGGAGGAGCAGUUGGCUCAGGGAGCCAAAAAUGCCCAGGAAGGAGCCCUCUCUCUGGAUGUCCAGGCCCUAUCUAUUCCUGAGUGGGCCCUUCAGCUGGAUGGCAACAAAAGUCCUAUGACAAGUGAUAAUUCAUUUGACCUGUUUGAAUCCCACCAAGCAACAACAUUAAAAUCAGUUUCAGAGACUCUUUCACUCUCCAGAAAUGAUAUGGCCUGCUUCUCCAGCAAUAGCAGCAACUCAGCCAUCAGCAUUUCAUGCGCUCCCUGCCUGGUUGAUGACCACCACCUGUGGGCCAGCAAGAGUGGCCGCCAUGUGCUGGGCCUGAUUGAGGACUAUGAUGCCCUGAGCAAGCAGAUCAGGCAGGCCCAGAGGCUCCUUGCUGAGUUGGACAUUCAAACUCAAAAAGCUCUGAUCCCAAAAAGUCGAGACCUGGGAACAAAGGGAGCACACUCUGCAGCUUUGAGCAAGUUUGUCUCUAGUGUAAGCACAGCCAAACAGAUCCUAGAAGAGGCCUCAAGGUUACUGAAGCUCCUCUGGAGAGUCUCAGUCCCCACAGAUGGCCAGUGUCCUCUUCACUGUGAUCAGAUUGGAGAAAUGAAGGUACAGCUCACCCGGCUACACAGAAAGUUGUUUGAACAAGAAAGGAAGCUGCAGAACACAGCGAAGCUUUUGCAGCAAAGCAAGCACCAGGAAAGAGUCAUCUUUGAUCAGUUGGUCAUCACCCACCAAGUCCUUCGGAAGGCCAGAGGGAACUUAGAGCUCAGGCCUGGGGGUGCACAUCCAGGAACAUCCAGUCCCAGCAGACCAGGCUCCUGAGGAGAACACUCAGCCAAUAAAGCAUGUCUCUGCCAUAA